UCAAUAUCAAUAUCAAUAUCAAUAUAUAGGUAUUAUCCACCAUUUGUUUUCUUCUGAUUUUUCUCCACCAUAAACUAGUCUUUGAAUAUCAUCUUAGUUUCCCGCUGGUCUUUCGUUUAUUGAGUCUAUAUUAUGGCUAUUAAAAGCAUGGAAAUUUCCAGAAAAUUUGAUGUUCUUGAUGUUGGAAAAGUAGUUUCAGAGGGAAAGAGAAGGGGAAAUCUUGUAAAACGGGAAUCCGAGGUUGGGUUUAGGAAUGGGUACAUUCCAGAUUGGAUGCUGAUUGAAAUUCUGUGUAGAUUGCCUGCCAAGUAUGUUUUAAGGUACAAAUCUGUUUCAAAGCAGUUACUUUCUUUAAUUUCCGAUCCUUCCUUUGUUCGUUUCCAUGUUUCUCGAUUUCGAGAACAGCAUUGGACCCUUCUUUCUAGUACUCUCCAUGUCGCCGGCUCCGGAAACUCUAAUUUCCCCAAACAUAUGUUGUUGUCGGCCGAGUUUUCCGAUGACGAGAAUUGCCCUCCUAGUCUCUCUGCAAUUUCAUUCCCCGGUUCACCGGAGGCCUCGGCGGGGAAGAGCUAUAACGUCGUAGCGGUUAGCGAUGGAUUUGUACUGUACGCUCAGCGCGUGUAUUUGGAGUGCGGCGUUACUACGCUAACGAACUUCACCGUCUACAGCCCCACGACGGGGCAAUGCGUUGCGCUUCCGCCGCCGUCGCGGCGGUUCAUGUUGAGCACCGCCGGUUUCGUAACCCGAGUCGAGGAGGGAGGCUCUCUGAGGAGCUUCAAAGUGGUGAGGCUCGGCUGCUGUCUCAACGCGCUGGAGUUCGAGGUGUUCUGUUCCGAGACCGGCGAGUGGAAGGACGCCGUGGUGCGCACGGAUCACGAAAUCGAAGUCGCCUGGCGAAGGACGCCGGCGUCUUUCAACGGGAAUUUGCACUGGGUAGAUCGCCGGCUAGGGAUUGUUGCUUACGAUCCUUAUCACGCCCCCGGCGAUCGUUGCCGCAUCAUCGGGUUCCCGGCCGGGAUUGAUCAGCAGUGUAACAACACCAUAUAUAACGGGAUUCCUAGUCUCUGCAUUGGACAUCAAGGAAGAUUAUGGUACUUCGAAGUCCUGGUCACAUCCGAAGAUGAUUUCCAGUUCUCAGGUUUCUGUUCGUGGGUGCUCGGAGAUUACGACGACUGCAAUAGUUGGUCGCUGUAUCAGAAAACCAAGAUCAAAGAUAUCUCAUUUGCCGACAACCUGGAUAUUGACGUGCUAGUGGGGUUCAUCCCUGUUCCAAUCGCCUUCCAUCCAUUUAAGGCGGACAUGAUUUUCUUAGGAUGGGGCGACGUCCUCGUCUCUUACAACAUGAAGACCAGAAAACUGGAAGGUGUUGAUAUCCCAAACGGAGAAACGCUUCGGAACGGUGGCCUGAAAGGGGAGCCUUGUUGGUGGCAGACAUCCCUGUUUCUGCUCCCGACAUGGCCGACAUCCAUUGCCAUUCCCUCCCAUCCGUAAGAUCCAAAAAGUAAAGUUAUAUAUUUAAUGAUUCUUAUUAAAACAUUCAUUAAUAUAUGUGAUCAUAGGUUUUGCUUUACUUUUGGUUGGUAGCUUAUGAUUCAUGUAACAGGAUUUGUUAUCUAGUUGCAUUGCAACUUGCAAGGCAUAAAAUGUGGUGGUGUUAUUUUUGUCUGUAAAAUAUGUACAAGUAGCUUUCCCAAAGAUUU